AGACUCAUUAUUGUACCACGACAGUUGUCACCUAUUUCUGCAGACAUUAUGAUGUUCUAGACAUUUUUAUGUGACAUGGGCCCUCUGAGCCGAGGGCAGUCCGAUACCAUGGGGAGCCCCUCUACAUCGACUACGCCACGAGCGCCGCACGAAGGAGCCGUGGGAGCUUGCGGUUCUCCGGAUGAUACUGCAGCAAAAGCAAAGCAAGUGCCGCCGCUCACGUUAAAUAGCACGAGUACAGUUAAGACAGAAGAAGGCAUUUCUGGGAAGUGAGAGUCUCGACCAGCACAGUUUGACAUGCUUGCAUCUUCAGUUUGCCAUUUUUUUGAUUUCCUCAGCAUCAGGAGCAGCUUCAGGUUCCGCAACCCACAGCGAAUGCGAACUCUAACACCACUUCUCCCUUAGCAGCUACUCACGGUAAUGGUUCGGUUCUGGUUCCCAAACUUGAUCGUGCUGUGGUCACCUUGAGAGAAGAGGUCUCUCGAUUGUCUCACGAAAAUGCGGAUUGGCGUGCACAAGCUUUGAAUUACCGCGACUUACUGCAAGACCUUCGCACCGUAUGGUACUCGGUGCCACCGACGCUGAGACGGGUCGCUUUUGGAAUCUUCGCACGGAAAGGCCUAGACUUAAACGAUCCAACGAAGCCGGCUUUAUGUUCGUUCUGGUGGUCAUAUUCGAAAAGUCAAAAUAACCGAGUUACUGACUGAAAAAAGGGAGGUUAUAGCUUAACAUCAGGGCUAGUCUCUCGCUUAUUCUGAUCCGUUACUUGCUUAUUUCAGUUUUUCGAAUAUUUGCGGUGUUAGUUCUUUCUAGUGAUCAUGUCGGUCUUACUUCCAAGUCAAUUUGAAGGUCGUGAGACAUGUAUCGUCACUUUCAUUUCCUCUCUUCACCAGUGGAGACGAUGGUCGUCCAGCAGCUGCACCUGGGACUGCCAUUCCAGGCUCGCCGCGGGAUGGCCCUCCAGGGUCAGCAAGGACGGACUUCGGAGGUGGCUCUCCACAACACACACAUCAGAACAGUGAGGAGCAAGAAGAAACCUCCUGGGGUGAUUGGAUUGCUACGUGUAUGGGCUGUACUAGUCGCCACUUUGAUUCGGCACAUAUGUUAUGGUCUCGAAAUUUCAAAAUCUUUAUGCGGUCUUCUAGGGAGGUUCAUCAGUGUGGUGGUCUAAUGUCAUUACAAGAGUGAGCCCACUGUUUGGCCUCGCAUACAAUCUGUUCCAAGUGAUAGAACAUGAACAAUCGCGAACUUCUAACAACCAUCCCCGCAUAUUUGGAAGAGGGUCCUGACGACCCGCCAGUAAGUCGUCGAGCCAGGGAGAUCUUGUACGAACUAGACAGGGGUAAGGUUUUGCCUAAUAAAGCGAUAAAAGCGAAUCAUGUGAGAGGAAAAGCUGGUGCAGGAGGUCAACAACUUCGCGAUUUGUCGUUGAUUUCGCAACUUGCUGGAGGAGGACUGAAGGGAGUUCCUAAGAGUGCACCAGUCAGCGCUCGAUUUUCCAGGGAUGCACAUCACGAUCACACAAGAGCACCUAGAAGUCCGAUUGCAGAAGAGAGGAGAGAGGAGAUUCUUCGGGAGGAGGCAGAUGAAGAAGAUGAUACUGAUGUUGAUGUGCUAUUAGGUUUAAGGUUUUUACUAAUGUGCUAUUAGGCUUAGGGUUGAUGUUGUCGUUCUUGUUGAGAUGUUAACUGGUCCGUCGGCAGUAUACGACCACAGGCACUGGUCCGUAUGUUAGAAUAGUUUAUAGAACGGAUGUAGGAUGGACUUGGAUGGAUCGGAUGGACCCCCCUGAUUCUUCCGAUCGUACUUGAAAUGGUGGGAAGUCCAUCCGUUCCAUCCGGAAGUGGUUCUUGUAGAUGACUAUACGUCGCGUUGGAACUGAACCAGUAACAGGCUUUCAUCUUCCAACUCUUCGUGGCACCUAACGCAAUGCUAUUUUCAUGUACAUCGUCUAAGCACAAGCGUGAAGCUGUAUAACGGAACGAGGAGGCAGACUGAGUCGGAGGCGCCAUUUUCACCGAAAUCUAGUUUGCCGACUGCUAGAGAUGGACCUGCAGACGGAUACAGUGAGUCUCUGGGUAAGUAUCGAUUUAGAAGAAGCGCAAGGUGGAUGUUAGAGCUGGAAUGGAACAACACUUCGCUGUCAGUUCAUUGUUGUAGAUGAAAUCUUCUGUUCUUGAGUCAGCUUAUCGCGGCGCAUUGAUGAAGAUGUCCUCAGAUGAAGUAUCGCCGCCGCAAUUAUCGUGUUGAUGCAUACGAUGACCCUAACAAACACAAAGGUGGUCCCCGUAGUUCUCGGCAGCAUCCGCCUGCCAGAACUCCUCCACCGGAUACAUGGAACCCUUCUGCUGGAGGCGACUUCUCCUCCUUCAUGCAAAAGAGUGUAGGAGCACUACCACUGUCCGCUUCGUAUCUUGACGCCUAUCGUGCGAUCCAAGAACGCCCGCUGAAAAUGAAUACUAAGGAUCGCCUGAAUUGAAAUAUUGAUAUUCAUAAUAAAUAUUGAACAUUUCGAUUUCGAAUUUUUUAAUGUGCGUUUUCUUUCUCACAUGCUCUCUCAACUUAGCAUUAGCUAAAUAAUUCGUGUCCUCCCCAGCAGCCUCGUUUUCUAAGCUACAAGUCCUCGGUACUCCUGCCUCCUCUCCUGCUGCGAGCCAAGUCGGUCAAUCGCGUACACAUUCGAAAAACCUGGCUUUAGUUGGGGAUAUCUACAACUAUGAGCAGCAAUCAAUCGAGUAUCAACUCGGGUCUUUGGAAUUACAACAGCUUUUGUCGGAAGGGGCUGUGCUAGAACAUUUUCCGCAGGAGGAGGUAGCGAGGUCGUUUGGUGGCGGGGAGAACAAGCAACUACAUGAAGACGAGAGCAAUACUGAUGCAGUCGUAGGUAAGAAGACCACAUCCUCUCCAUCGGUUAGUAGAGCAGCGGCUUCGACGCGGGCUUUACAUCAGAGUUCUCGAGGAGGAGGUGCACGGGAUGUCGCUAUUGUGCGCCCCUUAACUAGGAGCAGAGGCACUAGUCUAGUGGCAGUACGAGGUGGGAGCAGUAGCACGUCACGCGGGCAACAAAUAGCGGCAAGCGGUGAAAGUGGUCAUGCAGCGGACUACCCGACAAAUACAAGUGAAACCUCCAGUCCUCUUUCCAAUAUGCAUCAACGUCAAAGUGGCAUGUCAGCGCCAUUGGGAGUGCCUCUUCUAUUUUCAGAACGGGAAGGGCAAGGAGAUGGCCAUGGAGUGGGUGCUGGUACAGGACUUACUACAACAAGCAUUAGAAACGUGUAUGGGGGACCACGACCAACACUUCAAGGGGCAAGUAGGUCCGCCAGUCCUGCAAUGUCACAACGAAUCUUGUUGAUGGAUCGCCGAGCGGCAGCCGGAGGAGGGUCGCCGCCUCAUAAGCCGCCCCUCCACAUCUCUAGUUGCAGUGAAGAGGAAGACGUCACGUCCUCUGCGGCUUAUCUGUCAGCGAAUGACGAGCACAAUCUUGGUUCUGCAAGAGGCCGAGUACGAGGAUUUGAGUAUGAACAACUACUCCUACAGCAUGGUGGAACUACAGGAGGAUCUGGAGCGUUUCCCGGGUCUAGUGCCGCGUCCUCUCCUGAUCAACAACUUGGCACUGGAAAUCGUGUGGACCAUGAUCGAGAUAUUUUGCAGAUUGGCCCUGAGACCGUUGCCUACUGUAUAACGUCAGAAGUGGAUGAACUUUCUGCGUCCUCGAAUAGCACAAGAGGUUUCAAUCACAUUGGAGGAGGAACGAGUAUUAAGGCUUCUUCUCAUGUUGAUGUUUCUUGUUCCCAGUCUCAUAGAAAUACUGUCAGACCACGUCUCUACGGUCAUCAUGAACGAUGGCAACAGGGACAACAGCAUGGGCAUGCAUACAAGGAACGAAGAAGAACAAGAAGAAAAAGUAGAACGCUCCGUCUCGGUCUCCAAUUUUAGAAUUAUUCUUCUGCUAGUAGAUGGUGCGCUACCCCUAUCUUCGUCUGACGUUCAAAUGACCCCAAUCCCCACUAGAAAUUGACCCUAAGAAAGAGAGAACUCUUUAAAGGCCUUCUUUUUUAAUAUUUCGUUUGCUCGCUUAUUUCAGUUUUAUUUCGAACAAUAGAACGCUCCGGCUCGGUGGUCUCCAAUUAGAACGUCUAGCUUAUUUUUUGUUUUCCCACUUUCUAAAGCAAGUCGAGGAAGAGGCUUGUAUUCCGACAAUUCGCAGUCCCUGAUGGAACUGGAGCACAGCUACUACACGAAUACGCUAGAUCGCGUCACCGAUCUGGAACGACAGAAUGCUGCACUACGUGCGAGGCUAGCUGAAGUUUGCAAAAAAUUUCAGGAAGAAGGUCGUGAAGUUCCAGCAGUUGGACCUACUGCUUCGGAUGUUGGUGUAGUGGCUGCGGGAGCUUUUGCGGCAGCGUUGGAGCAGUAGGUGGCCUCAACGAUGCUCCAUCACACUCCUGAAAGCAUCAAAUCAUAGUUUUACUGAAGAAAAGCACGACCACGACGUGCCUCAAAGCUAGACCACUAGUUUUUAAUGUAGUAGUUGUAGAAAGAAUCCUCGAGGAACAUCAUGUUAAUAUUUUGAUAUUAGAUUCGCCUCGGUAGUACCUAGUUUGUUUUCCUUGGUGAAUCAUGCACCAGAGUAGAGCUGUUCUUCGUCUAGUUUCCAAGUAGAGCUCUUGCUAAAGUAGUAGUCAAAGAAGUCAUCUUCAUUAGUUUCUUUUUUUCCAAAUCCAAUUCAGUCGCAGUCCAUCCCGUCAUCAAUCUUCGUCGUGUCUUAGUUAUUUUUUCUACUGCGCAGCACAGUUGUGACAAGUUUCAGUUGGUGAAGAAAGAAAAACCGUAUAUGUGACAAGUUUCAGAUGGUGAAGAAAGAAAAACCGUAUAAAUAUACGCAAGCAGAACGAGGCUAAGAUAUUAAAGACUGUAAGACACGAGAAAAAGGCAAGAAAUCUCCACAUCCAAAUCCAAAGAAAUCGUCUCUACUCCUGUUCUCUGCAUUUGCUGACUGUGAUCCUGCAGAGGCUCGCACUCGAAAUAUCAACAACUGAAUUGAAAUUGAAGUGCGAUCCACGCGAAUGGCCAUCAACAUACAACUUCAUGAUCUUUCUCAGGGAGACGGCAGUAGAAUUUCCCUGACUUCACUACCUCCAUUCUGAUUCUGUUUCCCUAAAUAGUACCUACCGCCCUACUUUCCGGUUCCUCUUGCGGGGCCUCCCCCUACAGAACCUGUUCAACAUCUAAAAAAAUCAAAAUUAACAAAACUGAAUCAUCAUGCUGUUCUACUUCACGAUUUUGAAUACAAACAAUGGUCGUGGGAAGCAAGAAUUGCAAUCUUAAGAAUGUAGAAGUCCAUUUCCAC